UUUAGGUAUUAACGAGUCUCCGAGGGUUUAACCAGCCAAAACCGAUUUUCUCUUUUUCUUCUCAAGACAUAACAUUCCUCAAACCUACAGGUAUCAGCGUGCUUAAACCCUAGCGGCCUAGCCUGUGUGAAGUUUGGGUUUCUGUAACUUUUCUUCUCAAAUUUCUUCGACGAUCAACAGGUGUAUGUUCUGAAACCCAAGAAUCCAAACCCCAGUAAGCAAGCUUUACUGAGAGAUCUUCUUAGAAUUACUUCUUCAACAGCAUCACCAACUUUAGUGAAUAUUCUUCUCUUCUUCCUCCAUUCCUAAGCAACCCCUUUGGCAGUACCAGCGGAGACUGAGAAAAAAAAGGAUUUAAAUAGAGUUUAAACUCACUAGAGUUUUUCAAGAUUCUUGAGGAAAUAAUGGUUGAUGAGAAGAAGAAGCACUCUGAUUCACAGUCAACCAUGGUCGACAAAAUAGUGGUUCCAGGAGAUGUGGUAUUGGAUCUUUCAAAAUUAUCAAACCAAACCAUAAAAUUAGGUGAUGGGUUACGUCAGGACUGUGAUUCAAUAACUGUGAUGAAGUCAGGGAAGCUGAGGUUCUCGAAGCCGAAUAAGUACUGGGUUGAAAGCUCACAGAAAAGGUAUGUGCCAUGUGUAGAUGAUACAGUUCUUGGUAUUGUGCUCGACUCUAAGGCAGAUAACUUUCUGGUGGACAUAAAAGGACCGGCGGUGGCAUUUUUACCCGUUCUUGCAUUUGAAGGAGGAACAAGAAGAAACAUACCAAAGUUUGAGCCUGGUUCCUUGAUCUAUGUUCGGGUGGUCAAAGCCAAUAUGGGAAUGAAUCCAGAGCUCUCCUGUACCGACGUCAAUGGUAAAGCUGCGGAAUUUGGUGCUUUAAAAGAUGGCUACAUGUUUGAAACAUCAACCGGUUUAUCACGAAUACUGCUCAGUACUCCAACUUGUCCAGUUCUUGAGGCUCUAGGGAAGAAGUUGUCCUUUGAGAUCGCAGUUGGAUUAAAUGGUCGUGUCUGGGUGAAUGCCGAGGCUCCAUCUACAGUCAUCCUUGUCGCAAAUGCUAUAAUGAAGUCAGAACCUCUAACUUCAGUGCAACAAAGAAUUAUGGUGGAAUCACUCUUGCAGAGAGUCCAAUGAUCUAACUUAUCUAUAAAACCAUCAACUGAUCCCCUUUCUUCUCUUACAAAAUCAUGAAAGUUUCUCUGAUUUUUUUCUUCAGAUGUAUCUUGUGAGAACUAAGAUGGUUGCAAUCUUUCAGAUCAAGGUUUAGUGUAAAUCACUCGGACAGUUGUGGUGUUUUUUAAUUACCGAGUAGAUAUUUGCAUUUCCCUAAGGUCUUGUCAUGUUUCGUAAAACUUUUACUAUUGGUUUCCCUCCAUCUCCCUCCCUCCUUCCAAGUACAUUCAUUGUUAAGGUUGAGAUAGCUCAAUACUAAACCAGAACCUUAAUUUUGCUA